ACCCAACACAUGAGAAGUGUUGGGGAGCAGUGUUGGGCAGAAGUGUGUUGCCAAAUUUGCAGAGGAAUGCGAUUCUCAGCUUGCCUUUUGAUAUAUACUGGUAUAUUUAAUUAAUAAGAUGUUUGGAGCAGCGAAAUCCGAGCCAUCACCGAACACACCGAUUGUGUUUGGAUGGAAGGCGCUCGGCCAAGACAAUGACAGCUCUCCGGCUUGUCUCAAGCUGGAAACCUUUCUCAGGAUUUGCAAGGUGGACUUUGAGACGAAGCAUUUUCAAGAGCAUCAAAUGAAGGGAAACCCAAACAAAAAAGUUCCGUAUAUCCAUUGGAGUAAGCUGAACGACGGUAAACCAAUGAAUGAUUCCACUUUGAUCAUCAACGCCCUCAAAACAAUGGAUCCGAUAACCUACGACCUCGAUCAGCAUUUGACAGCCGAACAACGAGCCAUUGGUACUGCGUUCAAAACCAUGUUGGAAGAGUCCACUUAUUUUACCGGGAUUAUGCAAGCUCGGUGGUUGUGCAAGGAGGAGUGCGACCGCGUCACGGUGCCGCUGUACUUUGAUUUUGUACCAUCUUUGCUUCGCGGACUCGUCGGCCGUCAAGUUCGCAACAAUUUGGUGCGGGAUUGCCAAGGCCAAGGAACGGGCAUCUUGAGCAAUGCACAAGUGUUGGAAAAAUUUAAAAUGGAAUUAAUGGCCGUCUCGGAAUAUCUUGGUGAGAAACCAUAUUUGAUGGGAACAAAAGUCACCUCCUUUGAUGCCACCGUCUAUGCCUACAUGGCCAUCUUGAUCCAGGGUGAUUGGAGUCAUGAAAUCAAUCAAGAAGCACGAAAUUGCAAGAAUGUGGUGGCCUAUGUGGACCGCAUGAGAAAAGAGUUUUGGCCAGAACUGCAAGAAAAAGCGUGAUGCGUAGUGGAAGCAAAAAGACAGUACAUAAUGAAUGGAUGGUGCGCCAAUGGCAACAACCUACAGUACGAAAUAACGUUUGUAGGCGCUACAUAUUAUUGACAGACUAUCGAGCCACUAUCCUCAAGCUUCUUCCUUCAUGCCGCUACUAACCAGUCACUGGUGGGCUGCUUCUGCGGGCGAAGCGUUGGCAAAGAGCACCAGCGUCAAAACCUUUCUUUGCUGGGGAAUGGACGGCUCCUUCGAUGGUGUAUAUGAAAGGAAAGGUGUGCGCGCAGAUGCAAUAUUGGAGAAUGAAGGGUACAAGGCGUUGGCUGAAGUCUUGGCUAUGAAUGAAUCAAACACUCACGUCAAUUGAACGCAGAAACCAUGGUGUUGACAAAAAACUCAUGGAUGUCACGAGUUCCGAACAAUCUGCAGGUUACCGUAGCAAGCCAUUGAAGAUAAUGUUGAACGAAACAGGAAAGCACUCCAAAACUACAUUUGUGUGACAAGGGAGCAGAGUCGUACAAUGUUUGUAGUGUGUGAUCUAUAUCGUUCUGGGUACCUUUUUAUGAUGCACUACCAUAACUACUAGGCCAUGGUUGUUUUCUUCGUCU